AGUCAACCCAAAAGCAAGCAGCUAUGACGGUAAUGACAUCAAAUGCGGUCACCACUACCAAAUUAGGUGGCAAGGACGGUCCCGUCGUGAACAGACUAGGAUUCGGAGCUAUGGGCAUGUCUGACUUCUACGGUUCCUUCGAUGACAAGGAGAAUCUCGACGUCCUCCAUCGAGUAGUGGAAACGGGCUGUACCUUCAUCGAUACUGCUGACAUGUACGGUGCGGGAGAGAACGAGAAGCUCUUGGCCAAGCUCCUCAAAGAACCUGGAAUGCGUCAAAAGAUUUUCCUCUGCACCAAAUUCGCCAUCGUUCGCAAUGACGAUGGUACUCGUUCCAUUUCUGGCAAGCCGGAAUACGUCAAGUCUGCAUGUGCUGCUAGUUUACAGCGUCUUGGUGUUGACUAUAUUGACCUUUACUACCAACAUCGUGUCGAUCAAGAAACACCGAUCGAAGACACCAUGAAAGCACUAAAGUCCCUCGUCGAAGAGGGUAAGAUCAAAUACAUUGGAUUAUCUGAAUGCUCAGGAAACACUCUCCGAAAAGCAUAUGCCAUUCACCCUGUUGCAGCUGUCCAAGUCGAGUACUCGCCAUGGACACUCGAUAUCGAAACAAACGGGCUCUUGGACGCAUGCCGAGAACUCGGAGUUAGUAUUGUUGCCUACAGUCCACUUGGGCGUGGAUUCUUGACUGGAAGAUUCAAAACUCUUGACGAUUUCGAACCAACCGAUUUCCGUCGGUACUCUCCAGAUUCCAAGGCGAGAACUUCCAAAAGGUCUAACUUGGAAAUCGUUAAAAAAAUCGAAGAGCUAGCUGAAAAGAAGAAAUGUACUCCAUCAGCACUUGUUUUGGCAUGGGUUCUCGCUCAAGGAGAAGACUUUAUCGUUAUUCCCGGUACCAAGCGCAUGAAGUACCUCGAAGAGAACGUCAAGGCUUUGGAUGUUAGUAUUACGAGUGAAGAUGACAAGGCUAUUCGAGAUAUCAUUGACAGUAUCGGGGUUGCAGGAUUGAGAUACCCAGAAGCAAUGAUGGGAACGGUUAACGUAUGA